AUGAUAGUUAAUGAAGUAGUAGGUUUAGAAAGAAAGAAAGAUGUUCAUCAACAAGGGGUUUUGAAGGUUAAUCAGUUGAUUGAGGUUCGGCCUGGCAUUGUGGUUAAGGAUGUGAAUGGGAAGAUUAGAUGCACACCAAUAUAUUCUAGGAUUGUUUCAUUGUAUGCUGAGCAAAAUGAGCUGCAAUUUGCUGUUCCGGGUGGGCUGAUUGGUGUUGGUACUACCAUGGACCCUACUUUGACACGAGCUGAUAGAUUGGUUGGUCAGGUUCUUGGAGAGGUGGGGUCUCUGCCUGAUAUAUAUGUGGAACUUGAGGUGAGUUUCCAAUUGUUGGGCCUGCUAGUUGGAUUGAGAUUGAAGGGAGGAAAAGAGAGCCAGGGAAAGGUUGCAAAGCUGACAAAGGGAGAGAUACUGAUGUUGAACAUAGGUUCGAUGUCAACAGGUGCUCGUGUCAUUGCGGUGAAGAAAGAUCUGACAGAAGAAGUUCAAUCGACAAAACAUCUUCAUCUGGCAAAACUUCAACUGACAUCUCCCGUGUGCACCAGCAAAGUUGAGAAAGUUGCACUUAGUAGACGUAUUGAGAAGCAUUGGCGUCUAAUUGGUUGGGGUCAGAUUCAAGCUGGUAUCACCCUUGAUGUUCCCACCCCUUCCCAGUUUUGA